UAUAUCUACGUGACAAAAAUGAAGUAACUGGAUUGAGUUUCUUAAACAGUCGCAAAAACCAAAAGAUUUACAUUGCGUUAUAAAAAGAACGAUGUUAAUGCACAAUAUUCACAUAACUUAACAAAUGCAACACACAUAAAUGAUAUGCGAUGCAAGGUGAAUAUCAAUUUUCAAUUAGUUUGUGUGAUUGCCAGUUGAUAAUAAGUGUUUGAUAAUAAUAAUCGAUUAACAGGUUUACGAUGGAUUAAACAAGAAUAGCCAUCGAUGACUCACGGUCACAUUUAGCAGCUUACGACAAACAUCAGCUACAUAUCUGGAUACAUAUCACUUACAUAAAUCGUUUAUUUUGCAAGUCAUUGCCGCCGACCAAAGUUUUUAAAGUUCGCCGACACGCCCGAUGAUAAAGACUCGUUCAAAAUGAGCCUUCUUCACAACUUUACCCGUGUGAUUCUGGUGCUAAUGCUUCCAAGUCUGCCCAGUUCGUUUGUUCUGAACGGCGACUGUAUAGCUCCGGCUCCAUGUACUUGUUCCGGUAGUAACAUUAAUUGCCAGGGCAGAAAUCUACAAACAAUUCCACAAUUCAGGCACAGUAACAUCAGUUCGAACUCCAAUAUCUAUUUCAAUUUACAAGAAAACAACAUCACCACGAUAGGAUCAAAUGCAUUUUGUAACAUAACGUUGUCAAAAUUUAUAACGGUAGGCAUGAAAGUGUAUUCAACCCACAUGAAUAGCAUGUCCAGCAAUGCUUUUAAUUGUAUUGGCGCAAACAUCGUUUAUCUAGAUAUGGCUGGAAAUAGUUUUUCAGUUUUACCACAAGCGCUAAAACAGCUUGUUAACUUGACUUACCUAGACAUUGAUCAAAAUCCUUUGACAACUUUAGAUUCUGGAGUCAUUAGUGUAAUCGGGAGUACUCUUCAGACACUCUUUGCCGAUUUAUCUCAUUUCACCACCUGGCCUCAUGAGUUUCGUUUUCUAAGAGCAAUUGAUACUUUGACCAUAAAACGCAUACCAUUUUCUAGACUGAGCACAGACGCGUUCCAUGGCAUGGAGUCAACUUUGCAAUCAUUAACAAUAUCAUAUUCUCACUUGGAGAGGAUGCCUAUUACUAUUUGUCAUCUUCAGAACUUAAACAGUUUAGCGUUUAGCAAUAAUCAUUACCUGAAUUUAAAUUCAACGUUUAUUGAACCGUGCAACAAGAGUCUUAAUUCUGUUACAGCACUUUCUCUAGGUGGAAAUGAUCUAAAGAACUUCCCAGAUGUUUUUCACAAUUUUCCCGAAAUCGCAUUCUUGGAUCUGCGUUAUAAUAAACUUCGCCUUAUCAAUGGUGAUUCCAUACCAGCCAACAAUCGGUUGCAAAUUCUGUAUCUAAGUUCCAAUAAUUUCAGUAGAAUACCUGAUGCUGUCAACAAGCUACAACACGUAACACAACUUCGGAUGGAACAUAACCACAUUGAUGCUAUUUAUGAUACAGAUUUACAAACCCUUACAGGCUUAACCCAUCUCUUCUUAUAUAAAAAUAGUUUAGAAUUCAUUUCCUCGCAUGCUUUCAAAAAUAAUCCUAAAUUGUACUACUUACAGCUUAACAGUAACCUUCUCCGUACGAUAUCUAGUUCCAUCACCGCUUUGCGCUCACUAAAUACGCUGAACCUCCGGGACAAUCAUAUCGAAUGUUCAUGUGCCCUGUCCCAUUUGCAGUCCUGGAAUGUCGCCAGUAUUAACUUUUUAAUUGGAAACUGUGAUUCAAGUAAUGAAACUUUAAAACACUUUUUGAUGAAUGCGCUUCCUGGGUGUCCAUAGGACUCAAUGAUGAUUUUUAUUAAAAGUAUUCAAGUCAUCAUAUUAUUUUUUUCAACCUUCAUUUUGUUUCGAUAAAAAAUAUGGAGUAUAUGUAUUUACAAAACACUUCUAUAAUCCCAAAAGAUAGGAUAUACAUUAUAUUGUUUAACUAAAUAAUACGCUUAAGGUGAUUUUUGACAAUUCAGUAAAGGUUUGCAAGCAUUAAAGGGAGAUACUAUUUUUAUUUAAGGGCGUUUUUUGUUGAUACCAAACCAUGCAGUUUCAGUUUUGGUUUUAACCUGUUUCGAAAGUUUUGCUGGAAGUAACAAAUGCACGGUCUUCAACAACAUGAUGGAGCCCCUGCAUGUAGCCAUUAUUUUAAAAGUGACACUUUUAUUCAAAAUCAAUACGUAAACAUGUAUAAAAAACAUAAAAUUUGAGUAAUCAACCUUUAACUACUUACUAAAUAAUGCAUCUAUGGAAAAUAUUAAUUACUGAUAACAAGAUUGUAACAGUGUAUUUAAUAGCUGAAAACGCACAAAUAUUAAAUGAUUGGUGAAUGCUAAAUGAUUUACUGUGAUCUACUAACGUCUCAUAAGGUUUUAAUAUCGUGUCUCUGCACCUUUCUUUCAAAUUGAACACGGUAUCCUUCAUAAGAACCAUUGUUUUCGACAUUUAUUUAUCCUUUUUGGUAUAUUAAAACAAUUGAAUAAAUUUUGGUAAGUCUUAUAUGGGAGUAAGAGUCACAGAGUGCAUCUUUAAAUUUAAAACAAUGAGACCGCAGAUUUGCCUGUUCAAACUAAAUAGUGUUUGAACACAUGUGUUGUAUCACUGUUCGCCAUUUUGUUUUUUCAAGGGCUUGUUUUCGGAUAUAACGAUCCGACGAAACCGCAUCCGGAGGUUGUUUCGAUAGUCUCAAAAACCAGUUUUGGAUUUCGAAAAACAAACGAUAAAACUGGUUAUCUCAUUUUGUUUUGAAACUUUCACAACAAAUAAACAGUUCGUAAAACCAAAAUAAAACCUAGUUUGUGUGCCUUAAAACACGAGAAAAAAGUGUGUAUAACUGAAUGACAUAUUGUUCAGACACGGCCAAGUGGUGAGGAAUUCAUUGUUGUAUGUGUUGCUGUUUUUCUGCAACUAACUGGAAGAAUGUGCAUAUAUAUAAUAAUGAUCAAGUAGUUGUAAAGUUGAACUUUUGUUUUGAUUGAUGUAUGAUUAAUGAUUAUCAGGGAUGAAUUGAGUGUAUAAUGUUGAAAAUAUGUUAGUCUAAGAUGAGUUUGGUUUUAGCCACGUCUUUGAUGAAAUUCUCAAUACUGAUAUAUUUGAUUAUAGAAAGAAAUGUUUAAAUAAAUAUUAUUUAUUAAAUUCAACUAACAGAAAGGAACUUUAUUAAUAUGUAUCUUUGUUAAAGAGCUCUUAAAAUAAGACCAAGCUUACUAAAUGUCAAUUCUUAAUAACAUUUAUAAGAACAUGUUCACCUUCACCUUGAUUGUUUAUUUUUAUUUGCCUACAUGUACGUAUUUUGUCACAUGCAUAUAUUAAUUGGACUUCCUUAUAGACACCAGAUCGUCCCAAAAUCGGCAAAUACACUCAAAACAAGCAUAUAAUUGUCAAUUUGAGCAUAUAUAUAUAUAUUGGUUUCCCAGUUUAAAGUGUGCAUAUUUAGCAUGUGAAAUUCACGUGAUUAGUACAGAUAAAUGUACCGACGCUAUUUUUUAAUUUACUUGGAUGAACCUAGUAAUUUUCGAAUUGGAAAAAACACGCAAAAACUGCGAAAAAUACAUGUGCGUCGUAAGCGAUGAGAUACAGUCGAACCCCGAUGGCUCGAAUCCGCUUGGCUCGAAUUCAUCGUUGGCUCGAACCCGCUUGGCUCGAAUUCCUCGUUGGCUCGAACUAGAUGCUUGGGACCGGUUUCUUUAUAUUGAAGGUUAACAAUCCAGCUUGGCUCGAAUUUUUCGAGGCUCGAUGUAUAUUCGAGCCAACGGGGUUCGACUGUACAUUCAAUAAGUAAGAUUCAAUGCGUUGUAAGCAACGAUAUCGAUUUUUUGAGUUGUUGACUAUUUUUUUUCUUGCAAUGGUAUCAUCUGGUGUCUAGUCCCUUUAAAACUUGUAUCAUAUAAAUAUACAAAAUUAUUUAAUACUCUAUAUUUUGUGAUGUAUGUAUUCAUGUCUAUUUUGGAUAUUUAAAUGGACAUAAGAAUGAUUCAGAAAAUAUUUUCGUUGUAAAUAUUAUAUUAUUCUCAUGAACUGCUGUGGUUUUCAUUGUUUGAAUA